AUGAUCUCGUGGGAGAUGUUGCCGGGUGGACACGAAGUGGAAGUGGCGGGUGAUGAGGACGAUGUGGCGGUGUGGCGCGACAUGCAGUCGAGAGGCUAUGGGAUACCGCCAGUGGCGUUUGGACCGCGUGGAAAAGGGUCGACAGGGGAUCUGUGGACUGGAAAACCAGGCACUCUGGAAAACAAGAGGAGACGUCACUUGACGCUGCCUGAAUUCUACUACCUUAUGGCAAUGGACGACGUUUUGCCAGGUGGUGGAGUGCUGCUGCCAGACUUGUGGAGCCGACUCGCGAGUUCCAGCGCGACCUUCACGAGAACUUUUGUCAUUUACCAGCACUUUCGUCGUCGUGGCUGGAUCCCAAGAUCUGGUCUCAAUUACGGCGCGCACUACGUGCUGUACCGUGGCUCGGCUGCGGCAUUUCACUCGGAAUACAUCGUGUACGUGCAGCGUGAUGGCGAAGUAUCGUCGUGGAACUCUAUUCAGUCGCAUACGAGGAUAGCAGCUGACGCGAAGAAGACGGUGCUGCUGUGUACUCUGACUAGCGAACGGUCACCUGACGAUACGGCAACGCCGAAGACUGUCAAAAGCACUGUCAAGCCAACGCUUACUGCUAGUGACGAAGGUCUCACAUCCGGUACAUACAGCUUCUUCGGCAUUCAGUACACAAUUGAAGCAGUAGCCAUUCGUUUUUGGGACGCGUCAAUCGCAGGAGGGCAACAGCUGUACACAUUCCAGCUCCAGCCUGUCUUGCCAAAGAACAUCAAGUCUGCAAAGAGGAAAGGCAACAUCCAGCAACUACCGAAGCGUUAG